AUGAAUGAUGUCUUUCAGGCACAUUUAAUGAAAUUCAUAUUGGUGUUCUUCGACGACAUAUCGGUGUACAUCCCUGACAUGGAUUCCCAUUUAGAGCAUCUGGAAAUUACUCUCAAGCCUCUCCAACAACACACACUAUUUUCCAAGCUCAGUAAAUGUACCUUUGGACAGUCUAAAGUGGAGUAUCUUAGACAUAUCAUCACUGGAGAAGGGGUCAGAGCUGACCCAGCCAAGAUUGCAUGUAUGCUCAAAUGGCCAGUGCCAUCUACUUUGAAGGAACUUAGAUGGUUCCUAGGCAUUACUAGAUACUAUAGAAAAUUUUUGCAGGGGUAUGGAAUUAUAAGUAGGCCCUUGACAGAACUGUUAAAAAAAGAUAACUUCCAUUGGAAUACUGCUGCUCAUAAUGCAUUUGAAUCCCUCAAGCAAGAUGUCACCACAACCUCCGUACUUGUAUUUCCAGAUUUCACUCUACCAUUUGAAGUAGAGACUGAUGCCUGUGAUACAUGA